CUGCAACUGCUACUUCAUCGUCUUCUUAUUGCUCGAUCAUUACUUGGAAGAAAGCAUGGAAAUGGAAACCUCUACUUCUACCAGUUCGCCGUCCCAACUCCUACUGCUCGUCCUCCUCUUCCUUCUGCUCUCUCCUUCACCUUCUCAGGCGGGAGAUUCAAAAUUAAAUGAAAACAAGGAGAAUACGCAAACCCUAAAUGCAGUAGAGAGAGGCAUCGGGAUCACCGGCUUCAACAGCCAUUGGGAAGCCCUAAGCUCCUGGGCCAAACUCGCAUGGAUGAACCUCCGCCCACCUGAUUCUUCAGGAUGGCGAAGGUCGGGAACAGGGGAGAAGAUGAAGGUGGCGUCAAAGAAGAGCUUUGAGACGAGCAAAGACACGGUGGAGAAGUCGGCGGCGGCGGCGGCCAAGGCGGCGGAGAAGGCGGUGGGGAUGACGAAGGAGAAGAUAAAGAAGGUUGUUUUCAACUCUAAGGGAGACCAGGAUGCAGAGCUCUGAAUCGAUUUCAAGGAUACAUUAAAUUAUGGUUUUAAGUGAGGCAGUUUUCUUCGAUUAAUACAUAAUAGAUAUAUCCACUUGUGCUUUUGCUAAAAAAAUCAUCCCAAACUAAGAGCUUUAGUCUGUUUUUUGGAUUGAUGUUAGAUGGAUUUCUCUUUAUUUUUAAAGGAGCUGAUGCUAUUUCCUUAAGAACAUUUAAAUUAUGGAUUA